GCCCCCACACUUUACUUCCCGUAAACAAAACAGCAGCUGUCUGUCAAUAGCAUUCCUGUGUUUUCGGUCGUUUUUCUUUGUCCCUUUUCGACCAUGGCUCAUGCCGGACUGGUUCUGGACAAGGACCAGUUUAACUGCUCGAUAUGUCUGGACGUGCUGAAGGACCCAGUGACCAUCCCAUGCGGACACAGUUACUGCUCGGGCUGUAUUCGGAACUACUGGGACCAGGAUGACUACUUGGGGAUCUUCGUCUGCCCACAGUGCAGGCAGAACUUUAACCCGAGGCCGCUGCUCGCUAGGAACACUAUGCUGGCCGACGUGGUGGAUAAGUUCAAAAAGACUGGACUACAAGAGGCCGUCAGCCAAAGCUUUGCCGAGGCGGACGACGUGGAGUGCGACGUGUGCACCGGGAGGAAAAACAAAGCUGUGAAGUCCUGUCUGGUGUGUCUGGCCUCCUACUGCGACGUCCACCUCCAGCCCCAUUACGAGUCUGCUGCUUUCAAGAAACACAAGCUGGUGUCGGCCUCCAAAAGACUCCAGGAGACCAUUUGUGCCCGACACGACAAACUACUAGAGGUUUACUGUCGCACAGACAAACAGUGCAUAUGUUACCUGUGUCUGACGGACGAGCACAGAGGACAUGACACAGUGCUGGCUGAGACUGAGAUACAACAGAGACAGAAACAGCUUGAUGACAUGAAGCAGAACUCUCAGCUGAAAAUUCAUCAAAGGGAAAAGGAGGCACAGGACCUGAGACAAGCCAUAUUCUCCCUCAUUCGUUCCGCCCGGGCAGCAUCAGAGGAGAGCGAUGCCGUCUUCACCGAACUGAUCCGCUCGAUUGAGCUGAAGCGGUUCGAGGUGAGAGAGCUGAUCAAAGCCCAGGAGAAGACGGCUGUCAGUCAAGCUGAGCAGCUGCUGGAGAAGAUCCAGAAGGAGAUUGCUGAGCUGAAGAAGAACAAGGCAGAACUGGACAAACUUUCCCACAGUGAUGACCAAAUCCAUUUCCUCCAGAGUUGUCAGUCUCUCCUUGCUCCACCUAUGCUGUCAGCUCUUCCUUCAGUCAGCGUUGACCCCGGCCUCACCUUCGGCCCGGUCAUGACAGCUGUGUCGGACUUUAAAGGGCUGCUGCAGGAGGUCUGCCAGGGAGGAUUUGUGAGCAUCUACGAGAGAGUGAGAGAUGUAGUAAUAGUAGGUCCUCAGAGUCCUGCUGUGCAGCUCGACACAACACAGCCCACUGACGGUGCAUUAUCUGUACAAAUGGAAGCAACAGAAGUGAUCCCUCCAACUGGCUUAGACCAAAGUCCCGUCAACCUUUUCAACCCUUUACUCAACCCAGGACCCUCUGCGCCCACCUUCAACUUCUCACCGUUUGGCUCAAAGUUCUCUACAGGGGCCAGACAGAGACACAUGCAGAGACGUGCUCACCCCAGGAGGAAAUAGACAUUUAGUGGACAUCAACAUCAACACAAGCUGAAUGUCUUUAUAGCGCCGUGCUGUCUGCAGCUUUUCCUCUCAGAGAACUGAACACUGAGGAGUAGUUAAUUUUUUAAUUCACCUUUUGCUAUUAAUUCAAAUGCUUUGUUUUCGGCUAUCCUCUUUGCUUGCACAAUGGUGCAGAUGGACAAGUGAUGAGGCAUUUGUAAGAGCCACUGCAGAUCCCAUUAACAGUACAUCAACUUAAAGUAUUAAGCAGCUCAAAGCAGGACUCUACACAUCUUAUUCCAAUAUUUUGAAGGACCUUGCCUUGAAGUUUUGUAUUGUUUUAGUUCUUUUUAAAAAGUCUUGUCAUAUCAUUUUUAACCAAACCUACAGAACAAUUUGCUGAACAGAUGUGUGCUAAUAUAUUGUGAUUUGUGAAAUGCAGACAUAAAAAAGAAAUCAAAUGUU